AUGGAGCGGUCACCGACAAAUCUGGAUGACAAUGCUGCUCAAAGCACUGUCGGCCGGUUGCGCAGUGUUUCUGUGACUGCAGCGACAAAAGUUAUCAAUCUCAAUCCCCAACUGGGCAUGUGGAAGGCAACUGGAACUGCAAUCGCUCAUGCGCCGAACCUCACAGACCUUCGAAAACCCGCGACGGGAGGCGACAACAUCAUCUUCGACGAGAAUGGACAUAGUGCUCGAGCCGCAAACGCUACCGAGCUCGAGAAGCAGUAUGUCGCAUCAAUGCAGCAAGAGCGGGUUGAUCGAGUAUCCCUAGACAAGAGCACGGAGUCCAGAGAAGUCGAACAACGGACUCUACCACACGUCGACCCCGAGACAAAAGUACCAUGGACGACAGCCCUCAAACAUGGUCUGCAAGCGGCCGGAAAGUUCAUACUUACGCCGACGGGCUUCCUCAUCACUGUGUAUGGACUCAAUGUCGUAGCUUGGGGCGCCAUGCUAUUCUUCUUACUAUUGAAAGCCGCGCCAGCCAUGAAUCACCCAGACGAUGGCGACGCAGACUCCUCGCCGAGAAAGAUAUGGAUUGAGAUAGACUCUCAAAUCCUGAACGCGCUGUUCUGUCUCACAGCUUUCGGUCUUGCGCCAUGGCGAUUUAGAGACCUAUAUUGGUGUGCUUGCUGGCGAGCUGGUUGGGGUCCAGAAAAUGGACGUAGCGCACUCAGAAAACUCGCAAAACGAAACAACGACUGGUUCCGCAUGGGUGCCCGGCCUGGGGAGGAGCACCUUGAGGAUGAAAGAAUCACAUUCAGUGGAAAACAUGCGCCCCCAACGAAGCCCUGGAAGCUAGACUUGGUCGUUUGGCUCAUAGUCUUCAACACUCUGUUCCAAGUUGGCAUGGCGUUCUUCAUGUGGCACUGGAAUCGCAUUGACAGACCCUCCUGGGGGACUGGAUUAUUUAUCGGUCUUGGUUGUGGCUCAAGCAUGUUCGCUGGUAUCAUAUCGUGGUGGGAAGGAAGAAAAAUCAAGUUAAUUGAGGGUCCAAAGAUGAUGGCGACUGAGGAGAAGCAAACCGACGUGUAG